CCACUAUCUCUCUCUCUCUAACUGCACCUAUUUCUUCGUCUUCUCUCUCUAAAAAUAUCUUCGGAUCAUCACUCCAACCCCACUGAAUUUUCCCUGAAUCUCACCCUCUCUAGCUAAGACAGCUUCUUCUCUUAAUAAAUUCACUUUACCUUUACCACAAUUGUCUAUUUUUACCCCUUUUUUGCGAAAAGCGAAAGUGUUUACUGCUCAAUGGCUGUGCUUCCUGUGAAAGGGUUACCGGUGGGGUAUAGAUUCCGGCCGACGGACGAGGAGCUAAUCGAUCACUAUCUGAGGCUUAAAAUCAAUCGGCGGGAUAAGGAAGUCAGUGUUAUUCGUGAAAUUGAUGUUUGCAAAUGGGAGCCAUGGGAUUUACCUGAUUUGUCUGUGGUGGAGUCUACUGACAAUGAGUGGUUCUUCUUCUGCCCGAAGGAUCGGAAAUAUCAAAAUGGUCAGAGAUUGAACCGGGCUACCGAGAAAGGCUACUGGAAGGCAACUGGUAAGGAUAGGUAUAUAACUACCCGAAAGGGGGCAAAGAUCGGGAUGAAAAAGACUUUGGUUUUCUACCUGGGCCGUGCACCGGAUGGAAAGAGGACCAACUGGGUGAUUCACGAGUAUCGUGCUACUGAUAAGUCUCUGGAUGGUUCGCACCCUGGUCAGGGUGCCUAUAUAUUAUGCCGAUUGUUCAGAAAGGCUGAGCUGAAACAAGACGGUGUCACUGAAUCGACAAACGUCAAUGGAGUUGAAGAAAUAAUUGCUUCUCCACCAGAAGUUCGAUCUGCUGAAUAUGAACAAUCAACACCAGGUAGUUUCAGUUUAGGCGGCUCGUCUGAACCACAACCUUCUAGUGCUGGAAGCCAUCAGACUUCAAGUACUCCAAAAGCUGCAGCUGGCAGUGCUAUACCUAUUGAUUGGCAGAGUUAUAAUGGCAUUGCUGAUGAGAUGGAGAACAAUGUAUCCGACAUGAAAUCUAUUCCUCCUAACCCUGAGCUGGAGAAACUAUUGGAUGAGUUUUGCUACCCCGUGACGCUGACCACAGACGGGAAAAUGUUUUCCCCAUUUCAUUCCCAGAUGCAGUCGGAGCUUGGAAACCCAUUCUUCUAUAGCGACUUUAAUGGUGAUAUGAGCCAUAAUCAACAAACUAUCCCAUUCCAGUAUGGAACCGAUGCUGCCGAUGAUAUUGAAAAGUUCUUGAACUCUGUUUUAGUUGAUUCCGAGGAGCAGAGUCCACUUAACAUCUACAACGGUGACAGUAUGGUAAAACCAAGUUACUCAUGCAGUGAAUCGGAGGGGGAGGUGUCUCAGAAACCGGUUGAUCUGUUUAUGCUUCCAGUUGAGUCUUUUGAGGACAAUAUGAAGCAAGAGUCACCGUUCCAGAGUGAAGUUUCUUCUGAAAUGCUAGCUCAAGAUAGCCACAAUUCUUAUGUUAGCAGUGGUUAUGACCAAGGGAACUUGGGAUAUGCAACUAACCUCCAUGGAUUGCCAAAUGAUUCCACUACCGUCUCUUCUGGCAAUCACGUCCAACACAUGUCAAAUGUUGAAAACAGUGCUCUCCAUAGCCCUGCAGUGGAAGGCGCAAAUUCUGGAACUGGCAUUGUGAUAAGGAAACGUUCAGUUCCUAAUCAAAGCACCGUGCAGCACACUGCAGCACAUGGAACUGCUCCAAGAAGAAUUCGUCUGCAGAUGAAGUUACAAGUUGGAUCAGUUCAGUGUGGCCUUCCUAACGAGCCAACUAACUCUAAAAUAAAGGAAGAAGUCGACAAAGCGCAGGAUGAUGAGAAGGCUGUUACUCUCACACCUGAUGAAUCGAGGGAUUCAACUUCUGUUGAUGCAAAUACAGAUGGAAACUCAAACGAUACAAGCACAAACCCAAAUGCCAAAGCUGAAACACCAAAUAGCAAGUCCGAAGACACAGUUUCACAGUGCUCCAGCUAUACACUUUCAGCUUCGCCAUCGAGAUACAUGCCUAAGGUACUCAUGGCCAUGAGUCUCAUAGUCAUGCUUCUUGCUGUGUUGGCGUAUUCUACCAUCUAAAUGAAACUAACUACAACGUAAUCAGCCCGUUUUUGUAUAGGACUCGAGUGCUUAUAUAGUAUUUAUAGUUGAAUAGGUUAACACCAGCGCCUGAUAUUUCGUCGUUUUAAAGCUGAAUGUUAUGCCUGGAUGCUAUGGUUGUGUACAUUGCUUAACUUCAUGGAAGAGCAUUUCUGUACAUUGUUUGUAACAUAUAUCAAGAAUCUGGGAUUUUUUAGUCGUA